GGGACUUCCUCAGCCAGCAGCUUCCAAGCCUUGUCCCAGAUCCAGGAAGUGAGUGAACGAUCCAUCGAAAGGAGAGAAAGAGACAGGUUCUGAGCAACAGGCAACACAACUGGGAGCACAAGGAAAUUGGAAGCGAUGGCAACCAAGGAGCAGCCCCAGACAGCAGGUAUUGUAACUCAAGACAGUAAGUCUGCUGAUGGAAACGCUAAUGUGGGUAAAGCAAAUGUCGCAGAAGUUGAUUUUCUGCCGCCUAUCCAAAGAGCUGAUCUCAUGGACCCAUCUGUCGAGUACAACAUGAACCACAAAAGACGUGGACUCGCCUUAAUCUUCAACUAUGAGCACUUUUUCUGGUACCUUGGAAUGCCCAUGAGACGAGGCACGAAUGCUGACAAAAUGAAUCUGGAAAUCAGAUUGGAAAAUCUUGGUUUUGAAGUUCAGGCUUUUGAUAACCUCAAAGCAGCAGAGGUUUUGGAGAAAAUUCAUCAAGUGGCCACCUCCGAUCAUUCUGAUGUUGAUUGUUUUCUGUGCGUCUUCCUCAGCCACGGGGAGAACAACCACAUUUUUGCUUAUGAUGCAAAACUUGAAAUCCAGGAAAUGACCGCCUUGUUUAGAGGUGACAAAUGCUCUUCGCUGGUCGGGAAACCUAAAAUCUUUGUGAUCCAGGCAUGUCGGGGAGACAAACACGACGAGCCCGUGAAACCCAGGGAUGAAGUUGACACUUUGGAAAAGAAGGCUAUGGUGAAUGAGCUGGUUACAGACGCAGGAGCAGUGUAUACGUUACCCGCUGGCGCCGAUUUCAUCAUGUGCUACUCAGUGGCUGAAGGUUUCUACUCUCAUCGGGAAACUGUGAACGGCUCCUGGUACAUUCAGGAUCUGUGUAACUUGCUUAAAGAAUACGGUUCAAAACUAGAAUUCACAGAGAUUCUGACCCUGGUGAACAGGAAGGUUUCGCAGCGCAGUGUAGAAAACUGCUUGGAUGCCAAUGCACUCGGGAAGAAACAAGUCCCCUGUUUCGCCUCUAUGUUGACCAAGAAACUCUAUUUCAGACCAAAGUCUUCAUAGACACCUACACCCAGUCAGGGUUGGGUUGUGUUCUGCACAACAGUCUGUUUUAGUGUCUUGGCAGGACUCCAUUAGGAAAGAAAAAGGAUUAGAACUAGAGAUACAGUAAAACUUGCAUAAGUCUUAUCUUUAUAAAUCUCCUAAGUCAUACACCCAAGUCCUACUCAGUUUCCUACAAAAAAUGACUUAGAUUUUUUGCACUAGUCGUAUUUUAUAAAUUGGAUAAACGUCUAAAUCAUAAUGGUUUCUUGGUUUUUAUAAUCCUAAAUCCUAUGCAAAUCAUCUCCAAACCAGUAACAUUGCUAUCUCACUUACUGGCUGCAUGGAAAUAUGCCUGUGCAGUGUUUCGCUUGAAACACGCGCGGGAAACAAAGUCUUGACCCAUCACCGCAUGUGCACUUACCAGCUGCGGUGAUGAAGUACUGCAUGUGCAGUACACCACAGUGCCCUCCGUUGAAACAAACGCGGUACUUGUUUUCUGUGAUGUGUUAGUCGUAUAAAAUCCGACUUACAGUUUGCCUGUAACUCAUACUUCGCAUCAGUCAUAUCAAAUAUUGUGCUCCCAACUGAUACGACUUAUGUGAAUUUUACUGUACAGUAUGAAUAGGAAUGUAACCUUUUGAGCACCAUGGCAGCAUUUCUUCUUUCAGAAGGGACCGGUUAAAGUAUAAUUGCGCUGAAGAUGAGCAGAGGACGGAAAAUAAAGGCUUCCACCAAAAAUAUAUUUUUGCCCACAAUCUUACGAGAUUUGCAAGAAACAAAUUGAGGUCUAAUAAGGACAUGCAAGAAGAACUCUCGAGUUUACCCAGCUUAUGUGAGAAGGUAGUUCAGGCUCCAGCUGAAUUAGGUUGAAUUAAAACUAAACUGAUGACUAUAAUGCUAUGCUAUGGUGACUCAUUUUAAUCAGGUUUCAGGGUGCUUGCAGGGCUGCCUGCUUAGUUUACAGCCUCUCAGAUGCUAAGUCCCCUGGAGUUUCACAUUAUUGAUUUUUUUAAUAUGAUUGGGUGAAGGAACUUUUUGUUUGACAAAUAAACUUUUUUGUAAGCUUUUUGUAAAAUAAUCCUAGUGCUCACAGACCUGAGACAAAAUUGGAUGUGUGAAUGAAACAAAUGAAUGUUCAUUUUCUUUUCAGUGUGAGAUUAAAGAUUUUUAAACAUUUCUUUUUUUAAAAAGGGAACUUUUACAUCUGGAAUGUCUAAAUCUAGGACUGUUUACUUCUCAUGCCCUGUAUGUGUUGAUUUUCUCUGGGGUAUCAUGGGUUAUGGCAGCUUUUCAGAUACCUCAUGCAAAUAGUCAUUCUAUACUGUGAGUUUCCAUUUGACCAGGAAAGGACAAACAAACUUGACCCUAUCCUCACCUAUGACCAAAAUCUUUCAUAUUCGUAUACUUAAGACCAUUUAAGAUCAUGCAAGAUUUGGAAAACCGUCUGGAAUUCAGUCUUAAUUAGGAAGCCAUUUUUCCAGUUUUUGAGAUCUGUGGACAAUCUUUGUUUUCAAUAUUACGUAUUGAUCUUAAAAGUUUAAGAUGUAACGAUUAGCCUCCCAAUACACUUUCAAGAAAAGAUCAUUGGCUAGUGAUUAGGAGCAGGAAUACCUGCUGAUCUUUCUCCUACCCAUCUUUAGGAACAAACGGGGCAAAAAUGUAGCAAGUCGAGUGCCUUAUGUUUAAGCACGUCCGUGAGUUUCACACCAGAAAAUCUUCAGGGAAAAAAAUCCCCUUUGCUUUAGUCUAAUCAUGUGUUAUUUGAAUUGCAAAUUGUAUAAAAGGUUGGAUCAUGAUUUUGAUAUGUAGUGUGUGUUUGUCAUCUCUGUGGUUCGGACAUAUUAGAAGUACUAUACUCCCUUUCUUAGCAUUUGUUCAAUUUGUCUUGUCUCAAAAUACUGAAUAAAAACCAUUGAAUAAA